UUUAAAACCAAAUCCCAUGUGUCCUCCGAAGGAGGGGUGCGGCGCACCCUGCAGCCUUUGCGCUGCAAACAUCUAUGUGCUUAUGUUUGCAAACAUGAGUAGUCCCAUUUAAAUCAGCGGGCUAGCUCGCGUGGGUAAGGUUAAUGAGCACAAACAUAAGCGUUUGCAGCAGGCCCCCCGACUCUUCUAACGCUUGCUUCGUGCGUGCUGGUUUUUGUUUCACACGCAGGCUUGUGAUUUUGGGUCUUCUUUCCCAAGCUGUUUAAAGGCGAUUCGGGGGAAAUCAUACCUAUAUAAACAUCUUCAUCGCUAAAGUGAGACCCCUCUGAAAAUGCCCUUACAAUUAGUUCAAAAUAUGACUUGGCUGGUCUGCCUAUUUUGCUGACUUUAAAUGGUCCUGAUGAUGCUUCUAGUUGAGAGUUCUUUUAAAUAGCUACUCAGUGGUUCUCAAACUGUGGGUCAGGACCCAAAAGUGGGUCACCACCUGGUUUUAAUGGGGUCGCCAGGGCUGGCCUUAGACUUGCUGGGACUGAAGCCCAGCCCCACCACUGCGGGCUGAAGCCCAUGGUGAGGUUCAGGUUACAGGUUUCCCCACCUGGAACUGAUGAUCAGGCUUUGGCUUUCGGCUCAGGCAGGCUCAGGCUUUGGUCCUGUUCUCCCACUCCCCUUGGGUCAUGUAGUAAUUUUUGUUGUCAGGAGGAGGUUGCGGUGCAAUGAUGUUUGAGAACCCCUGAUCUAGGUAAAUCUGCCACUUUAAAAUCUUACUUAGGGUACCAAAUAGAUCAAAUAAUGUUUGUAAUCUUUCAAUUUUUUUUAAAGUUUGACGAUGAAGUUUAUUUUCCUAUAUUAUUCUUAACUUGGAAAAUAUGAAACAUUUUAUUGGGAUGUAAUAGAAACAAACGAGUGCCUUUUGUUUACUUCUCUGUGGGCUAUAGUGAGAGAAAUGAUUGGAUUGCGGAUCACAUGAUUUUGUGUCAACAGCUUAUAUUGGCAUCACAAUGAUAUUUACUCAAGGAAGGAAUUCAUUGGUUGCAGUAGUAAAAUAUAAUGAAAAUACUAGCAGUUUUAUGGAAAAAGAGAAAACCUGAUAAUUUUUACAGGUUAGAAUCUUAAUAUAUUUUGCUAUGGCAGACAUCACCAGAAGGCAACAUUACUGUUGGACCUGUUCUGUGCAUGACAGACUCAGAAUUUAAACUCUCUUCUUGCUCAUCCUGUCCAUUAAAUAUUAGAGGGGUGGGAUUUUUGAUGGGGUUUUAUCUCUGUUCUUUUAAAAAAAAUUGUACUUUAAAAAUAUUUUAUGCCUUUUUUUUUUUUUCUGUUCAAGGUAUGGUGUAAAUAACACUAAGCAUUACUUUACCUGUGGUCACUUUGCAUGCAGCUCCCAUACAAUCCAUCUUCUCUCUUGCAAUGUCGUCGUCAUCAUCCUCUUCAUCCUCACCGUCACCACCACCAAGGCGACCUGGUAGACCCACCAUAUAUUCCCCAUUAGAGAAAAAGAGGAGGAGAAAGAGUCUAGAGAGAAAAAGGGCUCAAUCAAGGAUAUGUAUAAGAGAACAGAUAGGAAGAUGGAUGUCACUUAGGGAAACACUUAAUGUCUUCUCACAUGCUGAAGUUGCCAAGUUUUUGCUGGACUUAUAUGACAAUUAUGAAAACCGAGAUGUGUGCAAGGAAUCAAAAGUGAAAAUACAGGAAGCGGAUGGAAACUCAACAUUAAAUGCAGAAGAGGAUGUGCCAGAGACCUCUUUAACAGCAGGCACUGAAAGAUUGCUAUGUGAAGAUUUAGAGGAUGAAUCUACAGACAGUUCAGGGGAAGAGUGUACUAUUGAUAAUGAAUAUGACCUUUCUAAAAGUUUUUCUUCAGUUAAACACUUGAAAAAUGUGUCUAUAGCAGAGGAUAUAUUGGGUAUAACAGAUGAAUGUGAUGAUGGGUCACAAGGUGACUUUAUAGAAACCUUUGAGGAGACAACUCGUGAUAUGACUUUGGAUGACACCCAGGAUAUUUCUCAUGAAAAAAUUCACAUUGUUUACGAACGAUGCCUUCUUCAACUAGCCAAAAAAAUUGUUAUACCAAAAUGUAUGUUUUGUGCUGGUGAAGUUGAUAUUUCUGUACAGCCUGUUUCCUCCUGUGUGCAUUUGAUAUGGAAAUGUAGUGCAGGACAUAUAGCAUUUGAAUGGUCUUCUCAACCCUUGGUAAAAGGACAGACGCAUGCAGGAGACCUUGCUUUAUCUGCUGCAAUCAUACUGUCAGGAAACAAUUUUGGAAAAAUUUCACAAAUGGCAAACUUUAUGAAGUUGACAUUCGUAAGUGCAAGUACAUUCUUCAGAAUGCAACGUCACUUUAUUGUUCCAACUAUAGAAUCCUUCUGGUGUCGUAUGAAGCAACACAUUUUGGAGGAAUUACAUGGGAAGGAAGUAGUCAUUAUGGGAGAUGGACGCAUGGAUGGCCCUGGCCACUCUGCACAGUAUUGUGUAUACUCAUUCAUGGAUUUAGAAACUAAACAAAUUUUAGCUAUUGAAAUAGUGGAUAAACGCAAAACGCAACUGAACUCCCCAUUUAUGGAGAAGGAAGCCUUUCGAAGAGGAUUACAAAAGUUGUUGGAUGAACAGCUAAUGGUCAAAGAAGUGGUUACUGAUUCACACACUCAAAUCUCUGCUUUGAUAACAAAGAAAUUUCCCUGUGUAAUCCAUUCAUAUGACAUAUGGGGUGGUGCCAAAAAUCUUGGAAAUAAAUUAAUUGAGGCUAGCAGACAGAAAGAUUGUCGCCGUCUUUUACAGUGGUGUUCAGAUAUUGUCAAUUAUUUCUGGUUUUGCUGCAAGGAAGCAAAUUCAUAUGAAAAAUUUAUUAUCCAUAUUUGAUCUGGAACAGUUUCAGCAGCAUGUGCAUAUGUACGCUCCCGAAAGAUUUGAAUACACCUAUCCAGUGUACAGAGCAAGAUGUUUUUUGGCUGCUAUUGAUUACAAUAUGCAUUUGAACCGGCAAACCAUGCACAAU